AAGUCUUAAAGUCCAAUUCAAUACACACCAAAGAAAAAAGUUCCGCCUCUCAACAACCCUCCGCAGACAUUGCCGACGGGGGCCUUAACGAUAAUCAAGGUUUUGUUGGUUUAUUAAUCCUAUUCAAAACCCUAAAUUAAUGGCAGUUUCAUCUUCGAGCUUGUUCAUUCGGUUUCAAAACUACCAAACAAAAUCAAUUUUCUCCCGAAAUGCUAUUUGGAGGUCUAAAACUAACUAUGAACCUCAAUUCUUCAAAAGAUUGGGCGGAAACGAAUUUUGUAACGGCAGUUUGGGGAAUAGAAUGAAUGUUUAUAGGAAAACAGAAAGUGCAGGAAUGGAAGCUAGUAGUGCUGUUAAAGACGAGAUGUUCGUGGGAUUCUUCCGUGAAGCCUGGCCAUAUUUUCUUGCUCACAGAGGCAGCGUUUUUGUUAUCGUGAUCUCUUCUGAAAUUGUCGAUAGCUCCAACUUAGAUCCCAUUCUCAUGGAUAUUUCUCUACUACAUGGGCUGGGAAUCAAAUUUGUUAUUGUGCCCGGGACCCAUGUCCAAAUAGACAGGCUUCUGGCUGAAAGAGGAUGUCAACCCAAGUAUGUGGGUAGCUACAGAAUCACGGACUCUGAUGCUCUUAGUGCUGCAAUGGAUGCAGCUGGGAGAAUUCGAAUCAUGAUUGAGGCCAAGUUAUCCCCGGGGCCUUCCUUGAGCGGUAUCCGCCGCCAUGGAGACAAAAGACAGUUGUAUGAUGGUGUCAGUGUUGCUAGUGGUAAUUUUUUAGCAGCUAAGAGAAGAGGAAUAGUUGAAGGAAUUGAUUAUGCAUCAACUGGUGAAGUUAAGAAAAUAGAUGUUUCUCGCAUUCGUGAAAGGCUCGAUCAAGAUUGUAUUGUGCUUCUGAACAAUCUCGGUUAUUCAAGUUCUGGAGAAGUAUUAAAUUGCAACUCGUAUGAAGUUGCCACAGCUUGUGCCAUGUCUCUUGGAGCAGAGAAACUCAUUUGCAUGAUAGAUGGACCAAUUCUAGAUGAUUGUGGACGACUUAUUAGUUUCUUAACUCUUCAAGAUGCAGACAUGUUAAUUCGCAAGCGAGCUAAGCAAAGCGAGACAGCUGCUAAUUAUGUAAAAGCUGUUGGUCAGGACGAUUUUGCUUGUGUACCAUAUUAUGAUUCAAAUGGAACAGCCCCUUCUCAAAACAGGAAGGCUUUUAGUGAUAGGUAUAUUCCAAAGUUUCAGAAUGGUGUUGGUUUUGACAGUGGAAAUGGACUUUGGUCCGGUGAACAAGGUUUCGCUAUAGGAGGUCAAGAAAAACUCAGUGGAUUAAAUGGAUACCUCUCAGAAUUAGCUGCUGCAACCUUUGUUUGCAGAGGAGGUGUGCAAAGAGUUCAUCUUUUAGAUGGGACUAAUGCUGGAGUUUUAUUGAAGGAAUUGUUUCAAAGAGAUGGAGCUGGUACGAUGGUGGCUAGCGAUCUUUAUGAAGGAACACGGAUGGCUACAGUUGCAGAUCUCCCUGGAAUCAAACAACUUUUGCAACCUUUAGAAGAGUCUGGGACAUUGAUAAGAAGGACCAAGGAAGAGCUGCUCAAAGCGCUGAAUUCAUUCAUAGUCGUUGAAAGAGAAGGUCAAAUUAUAGCCUGUGCCGCUCUUUUUCCUUUCUUUGAAGACAAGUGCGGAGAGGUUGCUGCUAUUGCUGUUUCUCCUGAAUGUCGAGGGCAAGGACAAGGAGACAAAUUACUUGAUUACAUUGAGAAGAAAGCAUCUUCCCUUGGACUGCGAAUGCUUUUCCUGCUGACAACACGAACAGCAGAUUGGUUUGUAAGACGUGGUUUCUGUGAAUGUUCAAUCGAUUGUAUACCUGAGGAAAGGAGGGAAAAGAUAAACCUAUCUCGAAGAUCAAAGUAUUAUAUGAAGAAUCUUCUGCCCGACAGGAGUGGUAUCCGCCUUGACACGGCUUUUCCAUGACACGACAGCAUUGGUAGAGCUUGUUUGUUGUCAUUGGUAAAAUAUUUGUUGAGAAAAAAUUUGAAAGAUGGCAGCCUAUAUAUUUCUUCGGAUACCGUCCCAUUACAUGAGGAAGUAUUGGACUUGGCCCUGGCUGUAUAAUUCAUGAUUCACUGUGAUGACUGUUUUUCCAAAUCCAUGGAAGUGGUGAUGCAAUAUCAAAGAAGCAGAGCAGGCUCAUAAAUUUAUUUAUGAGAUAAAUUUAUGAGAUCACUUAACAAUGCUUCAACAUAUUCCGCACACGGGGAAUAGAUCUUAAAAGCCUGAAUAUGUUAGAAUUUAGUACAAGUGAAAUACAAUAUUCAGGAAUGAUAAAUUUAAAAGUUGGUCAA